CGAGCCUCGACCCCUUUCUGUACGCCAGCGAGAUGGAGAUGGGUCUCUCGCCGCAGCACGGCGCUGGGCCAUCCGAUGCAGAAUGGUACGGCCCGCCCAUCACCGACGAGUGGAAGGCCUCGCUCGAGUCGCUGGGCGAAGCCGCGCGCAUCCAUCGCAUGGAGGAGUUCACCUCGACGGCUGCAAAGCUGCUGUUCAACGCCCGGGAGUUUCACGGCGCCGCCUUUCUCUUCUCGCGCGCGCUGCACAUUGCGCAGCAGGCGAAGUCUGUCUCCGAUGAGACCGUCGCCGCGCUGACCAACAACGUGGCCGCCGCAUACCACGGUCUCGGGGAGUGGGACGAGGCGGUCGACCGCUUCAAGACCGCCAUCCAGCUCUUUGAGGCGCUCGAGGCCAAGCGGCACAGCAUCGGCAAGUGGCUGGACGGGGACUCGACGCAGCGAAAGAUUGACUUCAUCCGAGGGCGGAUGGAGCUGGCAGCGAGGCGCGCGCGCGCAACAAACACAACCCGCGGAAUGGCCAUCCCAAGCAAGCCGGGGACCGUUUGCGUGCCGAUCUCAUCGCCCUCCGCUCUGACACGCAGGCACGAGCGGCCGCCGCCCGACGAGUGGCUCGACAGUAGCGGCACCGUCAGACAGGGCGGCGCGGACUAUUUCGACAAGAAGGCAAAGGUCGCUGAGAGGUAG